UAGUAGGGAAGUUGUAAUGAUUAUGGAGAAAAAACAAGGAGCAAAAAAAAGCCUUUUUGAAAUCCCAGAAAACCUUCAAGAUCUUUCCAAAGAGGAACUUAUAUCUGUGAUAGAAAGCCUAAGAAAGAAAAAUAAUUCUCAAAAGCCUGCUCCAAAAGAUAAAAAAGGAAAACCUUUUGAUUUCCAAAAGUAUAGCAAGCGGCAUGUUGCAUUGAAAUUUCUGUACUUAGGCUGGGACUACUGCGGAUUUGCUGUACAAGAUACUACAGAUAAAACUAUUGAAGCAGAACUGUUCAAAGCUUUAGAAAGAACUAAACUGUUAGAGCACAGAGAAACAUCAAAUUAUCAUCGAUGUGGAAGGACAGAUAAGGGUGUUUCUGCAUUUUCUCAGGUGGUGUCUCUGGAUCUGAGAAGUAACUUAACUGAAGAAAAAGAUGUAAUCAAAGCUGGAAAUGUGAUCCUUGACAAUAAAAAAGAAACAGAAAUAAAUUAUGUGGGUAUUUUAAACCGUGUCCUUCCUCAUGAAAUACGAGUCAUUGCCUGGGCUCCUGUUGACCAAGAUUUUAGUGCAAGAUUUGACUGUUACCAAAGAACAUAUAAAUAUUGGUUUCCUGUUGGAGAACUUGAUAUUAAAAAAAUGAAUCAAGCUGCUCAAAAACUUAUUGGUGAACAUGACUUUAGGAAUUUCUGUAAAAUGGAUGUUGCUAAUGGUGUAACAAAUUUUCGAAGAAAAAUUUUUGAUGUUUAUAUCAGACCAAUAAAUGAAAGUCCUAGUUCUCCUUACAACAUAAUGGAGUUUACUAUUGUUGGACAAGCUUUCCUGUAUCAUCAGAUAAGAUGCAUUAUUCAUGUAUUAUUUCUCAUUGGACAAGGGAAGGAAGAAUGUGAGAUUGUAGAUCAACUAUUAGACAUUGAAAAUUGUCCAAGAAAGCCUCAGUAUGCUAUGGCAUCAGAACUACCCCUGGUUUUGUUUGAUUGUCAAUAUCAAGACAUUGAAUGGAAGUAUGAUCAGGACUCUCUGAAAUAUGUCAUCAAGCAGCUGCAAAGCAUCUGGUCCCAAAAUACUAUUAAGUCUGUCAUUUCAAAAAGAAUGCUUGAUGAACUGGAGACAAUAUGUACUGAUGUAGUUAUAAAUCAAAAUGAAUCAUUAAAUCCUGGAGUAAAACCUCGUGUCUAUAAAAGACUUUUGGAUAGAAAUGUUUGUGAGAGUUUAGAAGAAAGAAUAGAACACUUCAGCAAAAAGCUAAAACAAGAUCUUAUUCAACCUAAAGAAUGAAAGGUCAUCAGCCAAUUAUGUAUAAUAUUAAUGUCCAUUUGUGCUGUAAAUGAAAUCGAAA